AUGAGCGGGCACGAUCCUGGAAACCCAGAAGUCGACCUCUACAACGACACGAUCGAAGACAAUCUCGCACCCCCAGGCUGGCCUCUCUACCUUCCAACCAGACAAUCGCUGGAUUACCUUGAACAAGCACUUACCGAGGAUGGAAACGGGCUCGAUGGGCUGAACUUGGCCUUCGACAGGUCAUCGACGGUAGUGAUCAACCAAGAAGGGCACUACGUUUGGUCCUGGCCGGAGAACAGCAUCCAAGCCGCCGUUGUUCAAGGGCGACAACCGCAUCUUGUCAUGCUCCCCUCGGACAACGGCGGAGCCAAUAACGCAUUGGGAUCGCAGCAAUAUACUGUCGCGUUGGCAUAUGGUCCACCCAAUGCUCUUCCCUACCGCUCCGAGGAAGAGCUUGAGCAAGCCUUCGCCAGAGCAUACGCACCGAGAGACAGCCCCAGUGUCAGCCUGCCCAGUGGUAUCUCGCCUUUCAUGGGACAAUACCCCGCUGGCAGUAUGAACGUUCUGGCUCGGCCGGGCCCUGGCUGUUUACACCGUCUACCACCUGAGCAACCAACGAUUGACCCGCAACUCCUGACGCUCCCUUCCCCGAUCGGAAUUGCUGAACAAGGCAUGCACCAGCACGUCCAAUUUCCCAACAGUCAUAUCGGUCCACCAGCUGGACGAGGCAGGCGCCCAAAUGUCGAGGCUCACGUCAACCAUUUGCAACUGCCACCUGGAGGAGGCAUGCGCCACCAGGACGCCAAGGUCCGCAAUAACCAACCCCGAUCACCAAGCCGACGCGACGGACGCGCCAUUCGAGGACCCACCUGUGCCCGACGUGAACGUCCACCUGAGGGCCGAAUGAUGGCGACAUUGAGGUCAAGAGCUGUCUACGAGGAGUGGGAGAGACUCAACAAUACCCAGGACCGAUUGGUGGUGACGAUCAGGUCGCGAGCUGCCUGCGAGGCAUGGGAGCGGCUCAACAACCACGGCCAAGGAUCUUAG